AUGUAUUCCUACCGUACAGCAAUAUUAUUAUUAUUAAUCAUUUCUAUCAUUUUCAUUUCACUUUUAUCAACAGUGGUAAUUGCCGAUGAUGGAUGUAGCAGAUGUUAUGAUAAUGCAAAUAAUGCUCAGCGCCAAUGUAUCAAAUCAAAACAAUCAGAAAAUAGGGAUAAACUACUAGCAUCACCUCUUCCACCAGGUAUUUUAAAAAUAUCAUCCAAUGAUCCAGUUGUCGCUAACAUUAGUGUCCACAAUCCACAUGUCAAUCAAUUGAUGGUUUGGUUGCAAGAAAUCUCUGAUUAUAGGAGAGAUAUAUUCAACUUUGAUAAUGUCCAAAAGAUUGUCAUCGAUACACAUUUUUCCUAUCCACUUAAUCCCUAUCAAAGUAACUUUGAAUUUAUUGGUACUUUUGUUACAAGACAACCAAAGAUUUAUAAAUGGAUUUAUAAAAGAAAAAUAAAUAAUCUUAAUAAUAAAUAA